UUAAAAUAAAAUAAAACCAUAUAAAGUAUCGUUUCUUACUAUGCCAUCUAGCCUUUCACCCAAAACUCGAAAUCCAUCCUGAAUUUGCCAUCACUCAAGACCACCGACCUUCCGGCACCGUUUUCCGGCAACCCGGCACCUUCCUUCCUUCUUUCUCAAUCGUUUAAUUCUGAGUUUCUGAAGCUAUGGAAGCUUAUAAGAGAUGGGUUAGAGAGAACAAAGACUAUGUGCACUCCUUGGAGUCUUUGGCCAAUGGAUUGACAUGGCUUCUUCCGGAACGGUUCUCUGAAUCAGAAAUUGGACCAGAAGCAGUGACAACCAUUCUCGGAAUCAUCACAGCUAUCAAUGAACAUAUAAUUGAUACUACUCCUAACCAAAAUAUUACAGGCUCUGUGGAGCCUCAUUCAUUUCCUUAUCCAUUAUGCUUAUCCGCAUUAAAGGAUCUGGAAACGUUAGUUGAAGUUGUCGCACAACACUACUAUGGCGACGAUAAGAAAUGGAAUUUCCUUGCCAUUACCGAAGCAACCAAGGUACUGGUUCGGUUAUCUUUGUUUCGAAAGAGUGGAUAUAAAAUGCUGUUACAUGGAGGGGAGACAUCUAACGAUGUAAUGGAUUCAGAUGGUUCUACUUCACAACAUCAAAUGGCUGUAAACCCCAAAGGGCUUCACCCGUGGAAUCUUGAAGGAAGAGCGCUGUCUGCUUUAAGUCAAUUUGGAGAAAAAGCCAGGACACUGUCAGAUCCAAUGUGGUUACGUCGGGUUCAACACCAACAAGCAAUCAUGGAGCCCGCUGCUUCAAGGGUAGUCAAACCUACACUUUCCACCAUUGUGGAGAAAAAGGGUCUUCGUGGAGCUUUGUUUUUGAUUGGAGAAGUUCUAUUUAUUACUAGACCACUUGUUUAUGUUUUAUUUAUCCGAAAAUACGGUGUUCGAUCAUGGACCCCUUGGUUCCUUUCACUGGCUUUUGAUUGCGUAUCAAACAGUGUUCUCUCACUUGUUACAACAACAGUGGCCGGUAAAAAUGAAAAAAUGAUUCAUCUUUCUGCCCCCGAAAAUGAUGAGGUUAAACGGCGGAAGCUGUUAUUUGUUCUUUACCUAAUGAGAGAUCCAUUUUUCAGCAAAUAUACUAGGCGAAAACUCGAAAGCACCGAGAAAGUCUUGGAACCUAUACCUGUCAUAGGAUUUCUUACAGCCAAAAUUGUCGAGCUUACUAUCGGAGCUCAAACGCGGUACACUUACAUGUCAGGUUCAUGAUACAAAAUCCAAAAGAAAGACCUCAUCGCCCUCCAAAAUUGGAGGAAGAUAUUAUCACUAUGCUGCCACACUAACUUCUGUUCCUGAUUUUUUAAUGAUGAAAAGAUAUCAAAUUUGAAAAACAAGAAACAAGCAAGCAAGUGUGGUACAAAUUGUUUGCAAGGAUAGCUCCACUAUCAACAAUUGGAUAUAAAUUGGGAGAUUUUGUUACACUUUAGGUUCUUAGCAUCAAUUGGAAAGUCAGUGUUUACUAUAUUAAAAAAAUUGUAUUUUUUUAGACACAUAUUUACAUGAACUAAACACAUUUUAAAAAGAAAAACAUUAAGCUUAUGUCAUUCAUUGCAUCUUUGUGUGCAAAAAAACGUAUGAUGCAAUAUGCUAUCUAUUCACCAAAAGAAGGUGAAUAAAUAAUAGUUAUCUAAAGGAUAGCUGUGUCUUUAUGUUUGCAAGUGAUGCUGCAAAGAUUACAUACAUUUCUGCCAA